AUGAUCCUCAUCCUCCCUCAAUUAUCCACUCCUAAUCUCAACACAACACAACACAACAGCAAUGGCAGCCGUCGCCUCGUCUUCCGCUGUUUUUGCCGCCUCGUCCUUCUCCGCCGCCGUCAGGAGGCAGCAGCCGAACCCCUCCACCAUAUCAUACCAAGGCCUCCGCCCACUCCCGGGGAUCAAAUCCAGCCGCAGCCUUGCAGCCGUGAAGAGCCCAAGAUCCUUGGUGGUGAAGGCAGAGCUGAACCCAUCAGUGGUGAUAAGCCUGAGCACAGGGCUGUCCCUGUUCCUGGGGAGGUUCGUGUUCUUCAACUUCCAAAGGGAGAAUGUGAGCAAGCAAGUGCCGGAGCAAAAUGGGGUGACCCAUUUCGAGGCAGGCGAUGUGAGGGCGAAGGAGUAUGUUAGCUUGUUGAAAUCUAACGAUCCUGUUGGGUUUAAUAUUGUUGAUGUUCUUGCUUGGGGCUCUAUUGGCCAUAUCGUUGCUUAUUAUAUCUUGGCCACUUCUAGCAAUGGCUAUGAUCCCAAGUUCUUCUAAUUGUGGUUUGUAUAGCUAUUAUAUCAAAUCAAUCUCUGCUUUAAACUUAAUAUCUCUAAUGGGGUUUUUGUGGAAUGAUUGGGAAAAAGAAGGUGGGGUAGUUACUUGUUUGAGUAUCAUUAUUAUUGCAAUGGUUUCAUUUUCGAU